AUGUAGUCAAUGUACUUAUGGGUAGGGCCCUCUCUUUACUUCUCGGAAACAACGUAGAAAUAGCACUACAAGUACAAGGUCAUGCUCUCUUGCUCUUUCGUACUUUCUUUCUAAUCCCAGAUUUUCUCUUCCUUUCUUUUUUAUUUUUCGUCGCUCUCUCUCAUUCAAAGAGGUCUGUUUAUAUUACUCUUUCUCACCAAAACUCGUGACUUCGUGGUGCGUCGGCCAUCGGUUUCAUAAAGCCCAACCAAAGCGUCAUAUCUAUUUGAUCUGCAACGUUUCUGAGUUUCAAGAAGAUUUAAGGAGGGAAGGGAAUAUAAGCAAAUAUGGCCGACUAUGUUGUUAAUUUCCUCGUAGAAUACCUGUCCCAGCAACUGGAAAAGGAAGGAAAUUUCUUUGGUGGAGUGGAGGAUCAAGUCAAGUCACUCCAUAGGGAGCUUCGACUGAUAAAUAUCUUCUUGGAGAACUCCCGGGAAAAACGGAAUGAGCAUGCAAUGGUGAAGGAGGUAGUCGGACAGAUCAGGGAGGUGGCUUACGAGGCUGAGGAUGUUAUCGACAUGUUCAUCCUCAAGGUUGCAGAGCACAAGAGGAGGAGCCUGAUGGGGAGGAUAUUUCUUAGCCCCAAGCACGCAAUGAUGCUUCGCGAUGUUGGAAAGAAGAUUGCAGGCAUCAAGAAUGCAAUCAAUGAAAUCUACAAUAACAGAGAAAGGUAUGACAUUGAAAGAGCUACGGAGACUGUAGACGCGGCGGCGGUGGAGGCACUACAGAGGCGUAGGAGAGAAGUCGAGGAAGAUGACGUGGUGGGUUUCGUUGAUGACUCAUCGACACUGGUGAAGCAACUUAUUGAAGGGGAUCGGAACUGUGAUGUCAUUUCGAUCAUUGGCAUGGGUGGGUUGGGGAAGACAACUCUUGCCAGGAAAAUCUACAACAAUGUUCGCGUCAAGAGCCACUUCGAGUGCCGUGCAUGGGUGUAUGUAUCUGAAAAUUUCAAAACCAAAGAGCUCUUGCUUAACAUUUUAAAACAGAUGAAAAUAUCAUAUAUCCGGAAGGCACUAGAAGAAAUGGGUAAGGAAAGAUCAGAAGAAAUGGGUGAGGAAAGUUCAGAUGAGGCCUUGCUUAACAUUUUAAAACUGUUGAAGGCACUAGUUGAAAUGGUUGAGGAAAGAUCAGAAGAAAUGGGUAAGGAAAGAUCAGAAGAAAUGGGUAAGGAAAGUUCAGAUUCGUGGACGAAACUAGAAGACAUGGGUGUAAAAGAAUUAAAGGAGCUAUUGUUCAAAUGCUUGGGAAGAAAAAGGUACCUAAUAGUCAUGGACGACAUCUGGAAAGCUGAAGUCUGGGAUGAGGUAAGAUCUACUUAUCCCGAUGACUUGAAUGGAAGCAGAAUAUUGAUCACAAGCCGCAUAAAAGAAGUUGCUUCACAUACAAGCCUUACUCCUCCCUACUUUCUCCCAUUUCUGAACAAAGAUGAAAGUUGGGAGCUCUUAAGUAAGAAAGUGUUUCGAGGAGGAGCAUGUCCUCCCGAGUUGGAAACUGUGGGGAGAAAAAUCGCAGAAGAUUGUUGUGGCUUACCACUUUCCAUUGUGGUAUUAGGGGGCCUUUUAGCAAACAAAGAGAAGACACCUCGAACAUGGUCCAAAUUGAUUGGCAAUGUAAACUGGUACCUUACAGAGGCUAAUACAAUCUGCAAAGACAUAUUGGCCAUAAGCUACACCAACCUGCCUCGACGCUUGCAACCAUGUUUUUUGUAUUUUGGUGUGUACCCAAAAAACUUUGAGAUCACUGGAAGGCAACUGAUCCACCUAUGGAUAGCCGAGGGAUUCAUACAGCACGCUGGCAAUAGAAGCAUAGAGGAUGUUGCCGAAGACUACUUGGAGGAGCUCAUCGAUCGAAGCUUGAUACAAGUGGCUAGCAGGAGGACAGAUGGAGGUGUAAAGAAAUGUCGUAUUCAUGAUCUUCUGCGAGACCUCUGCAUAUCCGAGAGCAAGGAAGACAAAUUUCUUGAGCUACUCAAAGAUGACAACCGUUCAUUCCCGAACAAAUCUCGCAGAGUUUCCAUCCACGGUAUCUUCCCUUUAAACAUUUUUUAUAACUUUUCUGAUCCUCCAUGUGCCCGUUCUGUGUUGUUCUUUGGCGAUGGCAAAGAUAAAAGCUGGAAUUUGUUCCUCCAAAACUUCAAGUUGAUUCGGGUGCUUAAUUUUGAGUGUAUAAGACUCCACUCCAUUCCCGAAAGCAUAGAAACAAUGAUGCACUUGAGGUACUUGAGUAUAAGAAUAUCCUUUUUUGUAAUGGAUAUAUCUGAUUUCAUUGGUAACCUUACUAAUCUGGAAACACUUUUCAUAAUGGGUGAUUCUGGACGGAGUUACUCGGUAACUGGGAUAUUUAAGCUACAACAUUUAAGGAAUCUGCAUCUGAAAGGGUUCGAGUCAUUGUCUUGCCGUUUGGAUGAAGUUCUAUGGAACCUCCAAGUCCUUUCCGCCGAAAUGUAUAACUAUGGUAAAGAGCAAACUUUUCCUUUCGAACUGGACAAGUUUCCUUGUUUAAGGGAACUAAGAAUAGUACUUGAUAAUUAUUUGAGUGAAAGCAAUGCAGUAAAAUUUUUGGAAGACCUCCACCAUUUACGUUAUCUUCAAAUAUUGAGAAUCGAGAAAUUCCCAAUGCUUUUUAGUGAUUCAAGUUCAUUUCCAUCGACAGUCACCCAACUAACCAUAUGCAAUGCACAGUUCUUAGGAGUCGGUGGCGGCAUGACAAUGCUAGGAAACCUUCCCAAUCUUCGGAUACUGAAAAUAAAAUGGUGCAACAAUAUUAUUGAUUUGCACGUCUUUGGAGGUUCAUUUCCUCGACUCGAAGUCCUUCAAUUACAAGAUUUGGCGAAAGUAAAACAAUGGAAACAGGAUGGAAGUGCAAUGCCAUGCCUUAGAUAUUUGGAUAUCAGAAGAUGCCAUCGUUUAACCAUGCUCCCUCCGGAACUAUGGAGUUUGACUGCCUUACAAAAGUUGGAGGUGGAGUUACUUCCCAACUCAAGAUUGCGAUGUGGGCUUCAGGAAUUGGAGAUGAAUGUUAGCUGUAAGAUAGUGAUUAAGACCAAGGACACUGGAAUCAUCUAAAGACCCAUUAUGCUGGUAUUGGUCCUCUCUAUUGCUUUCAUGAAGUUAUCCCCUUUAAUUACCGUUAUGAUGUUCAUGCAGGAGAGCAUCCCCACGAUUUUUAGGAGAUAGGGGGAUUGAUGGAGGACCAAUACAGCAGUACAGAACUAACGGCUAGCAACCGUUAUUCUGUUGAUUGAAGACUUUUGGUUUGACAAGGCUGGAGUUCUCUGUUUACUUCCUCUGUUUUUCAGCAUAUGUAGGAGUCUGCUACAAGAAGGUGAAUAUCUACCUAUUUGGAGUCCUCAUUAUUAUUCCAAUGACCAGGAGUCCUCAUUGUUAUCUUUAUAUUUGUUAGUCUUUCAAUAUUUAUUUAUGAAAUAUUCAAUUAAAAUGGGAACCGAGUGAC